AUGGCCUCUCCCACAGAAUACCAGGGCGGCGUCUACGCAUUCCUCAAGGCCCGUAAGGAACAACGGCUCCGGGAGCUUCGAAACUGCUGGCACGCCGUGUCCUUGCGCCUCGCCGCCUGGCAGCCCGCCCUCGAGGGCUACUACGACGCCGAAGAAGACACCGCCGAGAAGUGGGUGGCCUUCCUGCGCGCCUCCCCCGCCUUUGAAGCCCUCGCCCGCUUCUUUUCCCUCUGCAAGGCCCUCCUCAGCCCCCAUCGCUCGCCUCCCGAGCUGCUGGCCGCCUCUCCCAACGGCGUGGACCCCACACCCCUCCUGGCGUCCUCCGACAAGCCCUCAGGUCAUCAAGGCCACGAUCACGAAUCGGACCAGGACCAAGACGAACCCCCUCAGAACAACGCGACGGAUCUCUCCUGGCACGACGAUGACGACCACCAUCGCCGCCAAGAGAACCACCCGAAGGAUGACGACGACGACGACGCCGCCAUCGCCGUCACCACCACCCCGACCCGGCACUAUGAGGACCACAAAGAGUGCCGGAAGCAAGAAGAGGACGCCUACACCUGCCUCUACGCUUCCAGUCAGUCCUCAGAGCCCCGCUACUCACUUGGGCCGCCGCAGCAGCGUCCGCAUUGCACCUCGCGAGCAGACGACCACCACCUCUGGUCCACCAAAGGGCCGGGUGCAGAAGCCCUACAGGCAAGCUGA